GGAAGAAGGGGUGAGGAACAGGGAGUAUGACUUCUGCAACAUCACCUAUCAUUUUGAAAUGGGACCCCAAAAGUUUGGAAAUCAGGACUCUCACAGUGGAGAGGCUGCUGGAGCCACUCGUUACCCAGGUAACAACGCUCGUGAACACGAGCAAUAAGGGACCGUCUGGCAAGAAGAAAGGGCGCUCUAAGAAGGCUCACGUUUUGGCUGCCUCGGUGGAACAGGCCACUCAGAACUUCUUGGAAAAAGGAGAUCAGAUUGCUAAGGAGAGCCAGGAUCUCAAGGAGGAGCUGGUUGCUGCUGUGGAGGAUGUUCGAAAACAAGGAGAAACCAUGCGAAUUGCCUCCUCGGAGUUCGCCGACGACCCCUGCUCCUCGGUGAAGAGGGGCACCAUGGUGAGGGCAGCCCGGGCCCUGCUCUCGGCCGUCACCCGCCUCCUCAUCCUGGCUGACAUGGCUGAUGUCAUGAGGCUUCUCUCACACCUGAAGAUUGUAGAGGAAGCACUAGAAGCAGUGAAAAAUGCAACAAAUGAGCAAGAUUUAGCGAAUCGCUUCAAGGAAUUUGGGAAGGAGAUGGUAAAACUGAACUAUGUGGCUGCCAGACGACAACAGGAGCUGAAGGACCCUCACUGCAGGGAUGAGAUGGCUGCAGCCCGAGGGGCUCUGAAGAAGAAUGCCACCAUGCUGUACACGGCGUCCCAGGCCUUCCUCCGUCACCCCGACGUUGCAGCCACGAGGGCCAACAGGGACUACGUCUUCAAGCAAGUGCAGGAGGCCAUUGCUGGGAUCUCCAACGCUGCCCAGGCCACCUCGCCCACCGACGAGAACAAGGGCCACACUGGCAUAGGAGAGCUUGCUGCUGCCCUGAAUGAAUUUGAU